GAAGGGUAGAAUUGUAAAUUCACAAAGUAGACCCUGUUAACGAGUGUACUCUUUGAAAUUAAAAAGGUGGCUUAGAAAACGGCAGUGAAGUAGAGCUUUAAGCCAAAGUGCCUUUCAUUUUUAUCUCUCUUCUUCUUUAAUGGUAGAUCUUAUGUUUCAUUGAUCUACAUUUUGAAGUUUACGGCGUUGUUUUUUUGAGUCGAAUCGUUCGUUUCCUCCGAUCUGAAUAAAAUCAGUGAUCGAAAGAUGCUGGACGGAAUCUUAGGCCGUGGUUUUGCCGCAAAAUGUAAAUCGUUGAUAAAAGCGAUAAAGAGUCGGAUUGAUGUUAUAAGGAGGAAAAAGAGUGCGACGCUUAAGUUUUUGAAGAAAGAUAUAGCUGAUCUGCUUGCUAAUGGCCUUGAUAUCAAUGCUUAUGGCAGAGUUGAAGGAUAUAUAGCUGAAUUAGUGCUUUCGUCUUGCUAUGAUUUUAUAGACAAGUGUUGCGAUUUCGUGACGAAGCAUGUUUCAGUCAUGCAAAAACUGAGUGAUUGCCCAGAAGAUUGCAGGGAAGCUGUCUCAUCUCUAAUGUUUGCAGCUGCUAGAUUUUCUGAUUUGCCGGAGUUGCGUGAGCUUAGGCAUAUAUUUCAUGAAAGAUAUGAAAAUUCACUGGACGUAUUCGCCAAUAAACAGCUUGUUGAGAAUUCAGCUUCAAAUCCUUCCACAAUGGAGCGUAAAGUUAUGGUAAUGCAUGAUAUAGCAUCAGAGUUUUCCAUAAAAUGGGAUUCAAAAGCUUUCGAGCGAAGAAUGUCUGAACCUGCUGUGAUCCCACAGCCACAGGACCGACUUAAAAAAUACGGGUCUUUCCAUGUCAAUGGUGAUGAUAAUAAAUCAAAUGAUGGAAAACAGGACCGACUUAAAAAGUACGGGUCUUUCCAUGUCAAUGGUGAUGAUAAUAAAUCAAAUGAUGGAAAACAGGACCGACCUAAAAAAUACGGGCCUUUCCAUGUCAAUGGUGAUGCUAAUAAAUCAAACAAUGGAAAAAGUGCUGAUCCACCAAGGGAUGAACUUAAAGUGGAUGAGAAUGGGCACAAGUGGGAAUUCUCCAUCGAGGACAAGCUGCGUCAAGGCAGGGAAGAAGGUUUUGCUAGGAAGGAGAAUCUUGAUAUCCCAUUACCGAAAAAACAAGAAGUUGUCGAGAAGGAUGAUAUUGCCUUCAAAACAGCAAGAUUAAGUAGUUCGACUAGUGGGAAAAGAAUCGAAAGAGUAAAUGGUGGAGGCAAGUUACAAGAUGGUAGGGAGAAUAGUGUACCUGGAAUAGAUAACCAAGAAGUUCUAACACAGAGAAAGCCGGAUCUAAAUCCAAAUAACUAUGCAGCUCCACGGUCAAGGAGUCAAGAUAAAGAUCUCUUCGUUCCCGAUAGUUAUGCCAAUGAGUAUGGUGUCCAGAAUUCAACUAGGAAAAAUCCCGUGGAAGGUGAACCCAAGCGGAAGCCCCGGUGUAGUAGUGCUCUCCCUCCUCCUUAUGUUAAACCACCCAGUAUCAAAUCAAAGGACAGCAUGAAUGGUGCCAAUAUAUUAUCUUCGCUUGCUGGUUUGGACAGUGAUGGAGUCUCUGGUGAUCCUUCUAUGCCUGAUAAAGAGGGGCAGAGAAUUCCACCUAUGAGAGGUCAUGAUCGAGAAACAGAUAAUUACUAUAGUCACGGUGAAAGUGGUACCCCUAUCCCAAGACGAAGAUCGUCUCGGAGGCGACAUUUGAGAUCAGCAUCUGGUCAUAUUGAAAUUGGUACUGCUGAAGAUACAGAAUUCAUGAGGAGAAAACCAAGAAGCAGGAGAAGGGAUGAGUCGAGACAAGGUCUGCAAAUCUUAUUCGACGAAGAGCAUCAAAGAAAUGAUGAGGAGGAAAGGAUAAUCGACAGGCUGUUGAUGCAUUAUAGUAAGAAACCAUCAACCUCUGAAGACGGGAAACUAAGACGAAAAUCUAAAAGUCAUCAUGCACAUCAUAAGAGAAAUGACGUUAAUGAAGAAGCCUUAGAAAAAGCAAGCAUGGAUAGAUCGGAUGAUAUCUCCGAGACUAUUCCCCGUCCAGUCCGAUCAAUUUCUCUCCCUCGUGAACAAAAAACUCAAUCAGAAGGAACUAAAGUAUACACCCGUGCUACUUCCUUUCAGCAAGGUAGGUCAAAUGCAGCCCGGCACGUACACCCUAAGUUACCGGAUUACGAUGAUUUGGCUGCUCACUUUGCAGCAAUGAAAGGGAGAUAAAGCUUUUAGGGAACCUCUUGAACAUUGAUAGAACAGGUAUUGCCUAUUGCUUAGUAGUUUGAAUAUAUACCUACUUAGAUGUUUAUAGCACUGGUAUGAUUACUAUUUUCUGUGACAGAUGUUGACCUUAACAAACAUUUACAAAUUUGCUGAUUUUUUUUUUUGGAUGACAUGAUUUUAAAAGAUGUAUCCAUACACAGUAUUUUUUAUGAUCUCUGCACCGAAACCCUGUCUCUACACGAACCGGGUAAGUAAAUAUUUGAAUGCUAGUAUAAGAAUUUUAAGUAAUCUCUUGUAUCUCAGAUUCCCAAGUUUGGCUUUGUUGGCAAA